AUGAGAAAUCAAGAUGAUCCACCAUUAUUGUUAGAAGAGAGUAAUAAAGGUGAAGUGGAAUUAUAUGAAGAGAGUAAAGACAAAAACAUUUAUGAUUUGCAAGAAUUUGAACAGGAACAGGAAAAUAUUUUAAUUUGCCAAGAGCAUCAAGGAACUGUAGAAUCAACAAAAAAAUGA